AUGAACUCAAGAUCUCGCGGCAUCGGCGAUUCGUCGGUAGAAGUGCCACGCAAUUUUCGUCUUCUGGAAGAGCUGGAGCGCGGUGAGCAUGGUGUCGGCGAUGGUUCUGUGAGCUACGGUUUGGAAGAUGCCGAUGACAUCACGCUGUCAAGAUGGAACGGCACUAUCCUUGGCCCUAUUAACACCGUUUUCGAGAAUCGAAUAUAUACUGUGUCUUUGACGUGCGGCGAGAAGUAUCCGAGCCAACCACCGACAGUUCGCUUUGUCACCAAAGUGAACAUGCAUUCCGUUUCCAAACACUCAGGGGGAGUGGACAUUGCAAGGUGCAGCGUGUUGAGGAAUUGGUCUCGGGAUUAUGGCAUCGAAACUGUGUUGUUGGAACUGCGCAAGGAGAUGGCCUCAUCGUACAACCGUCGUUUACCGCAACCUAGUGAAGGGGCGCAGUUCUAG